CGGCGCGGCUGGUGGAUUCUAUGUGGGGCCGGUGGUCGGUGUCGGGUUCGGUGCGGGAUCUGGGCUGUUCAUUCUGAUGAUGGGAUUUGCGGCGUUUGUGCUGCUUACCGGGUUCCUAUCGGAUCGAUCUGAUGAAGGCAGUGUUCUUACUGCGGAGCAGAAAACUAGCGUUCUCAAGCUUCAGGUUGGCUUAUUGGGCAUGGCUCGUUCAUUGCAGAAAGAUCUUAAUCGAAUUGCUGAAACAGCAGAUACUUCUACCGCUGAAGGUUUGAAUUAUGUCUUGACAGAGACAGCAUUGGCUUUGCUGCGACAUCCUGAUUGUUGCAUCUCCGCGUAUUCAUCUGUGGAUGUAAAACGAAGUGUAGAAGAUGGGGAGAAACGAUUUAAUCAACUUUCGAUUGAGGAAAGGGGUAAGUUUGAUGAGGAGACACUUGUAAAUGUAAACAAUAUUAAGAGGCAAAGAACAGCAAGCUAUAGUUCCAGGUCUUUCAGCAACGAGUACAUUGUGAUAACCAUCCUUGUGGCUGCUGAGGGACUGCACAAGCUACCCGUCAUCAACAGUAGUGCAGAUUUAAUGGUGGCGUUACAGAAGUUGGGCUCUAUUCCUGUCAACAAAACUAUGGCAGUGGAGGUUUUGUGGACACCACAGAAUGAAGACGACACGCUAUCAGAGCGUGAACUCCUGGAAGACUACCCGCUUUUGAGGCCUUUGUAAGAAAGCAAUGAAAUCCUGUACAGAUGCACCGGAAAAUUCUCAAACAUUAUAUAUAUAUUGUGAAAAUGGCUGCUGUCAAAAGUUUAAGGUACAAAUGAUUUCUCAAUUUUACCCUUAUCUGCUCUACUAUUUACAUGCAAGUAACUUCCACGAAACCAUAUGUCCAUUUGAGAAGAAAGCCAGAUAGAACUGUAGUGUUUUUCUUACCUGUAACUCUGUAAAUUAUGCUUUUUUAUUUCUCAAGUAACCUGCUAGCUAAUUUAGGAA